UGUAACCAACAAUGACAAUAAUAACGACAAUAAACUAAAACAACAACAAAAAAAACUUAUUUAACAAAACAAACUUGAGUAAAAUGAUACAGUCGCGAUGUGAGGUGUACCAGGAGCGCAUGGGAGCGAAGAGUUGAGCACGAUGGCGGAAGCGGUGCGGGGCCGCGCCUGCCUGGACGGGGGGCUUCCCCUGGUCUCCUUCGCACUGCUGACUAUUGUUGCAGGUCAGCUGCAGGUGUCGGGGCGCGGCGAGGCGGAGCCCGAGUUCCUGUCGCCGCUGGAGAACAUCACCGUGGCGCAGGGAAGGGACGUGCACUUCACCUGCACGGUCAACCAUCUUAGCACUUAUAAGGUGGCCUGGAUAAAGUCCGACACUAAAACAAUCCUGGCCAUCCACACGCACAUGGUGACCCUGAACCCGCGGCUCUCCGUCACGCACAACGGACACAACACGUGGAAGCUGUACAUCAGCAGCGUGGAGGCGAAGGACUCCGGCACCUACAUGUGCCAGAUCAACACGGAUCCGAUGAUGAGUCAGAUGGGUCACCUCUCCGUGGUGAUCCCGCCAGACAUCGCGGACACGCACGGCUCCGAGGUCAGUGCCCCAGAGGGGGGCUCCGUGGAGCUGAAGUGCCGGGCCACCGGGGUGCCCGAGCCCAUCAUCUCGUGGAAGAGGAACGGAGGCCGCGCCAUCGUGUUUAGGGAUGACAACGGGAAACAGGUUAAAGUGGUAGAGAACUUCGUGGGUCCGUCGCUGACGCUGCGGGGGCUGCAGCGCGCCGACAUGGGCACGUACCUGUGCAUCGCGGCCAACGGCAUCCCGCCCACCAAGAGCAGAAAAUACGACGUGGCUGUGCAUUUCGCUCCACUAGUCCGCGUGGCGUCGCCGGUGGUGCUGCGCGCGGCCGACAUGCAGGUGUCGCUGCUGUGCUACGUGGAGGCCGCGCCCAAGAGCCUCAACACGUGGCAGCGCGCCCGCUCCUCUGGAGGUGGCAAGCUGCUCAACGGCUCAAAGUACGUGAUAUCGGAAGAGAUACUGAACGAAUACGCUCUCCGUAUGAACUUGACUAUCACUCGACUGAAGAAGAGCGACUUCGGCGAGUAUUCCUGCGGCGCCGUCAACGGAUAUGCGAAGGCCGAGGGCACUAUUAUGCUGAAAGAGACGCCGCAAAGGACGACGACAACGACAACGACAACUACCACGACAACGACGACGACGACGCAGCGACCGACGACGUCAACUACAACGACGUCGCGGCCGCCGAAGCGACACCUCAAGAAGCAGCACGACCGCGGCAACCAAAACGUCAUCGACGGAGACCUCCGUCAAACGGAACUGAACAACGCCUUCAACUUUUUCAACGUCAACGCGUAUGGCUCACAAGCAAAUAGCACGUACAAUGAAUACGCGCAGAGAACUGAGAGACAGAAGGUCCGGCCGUCCGGCCCGCCACGACAAGUCAUCUACGGCCGUGCGCAUACGCAUACUGCGACGCUAUUGGUCGCCGUCACUUGUUUUGUCUGUCUCACAAGCGCUGUAUAAAAGUCGCGAGUAGUGUUGUUGAUAGUGUCAGAACGUAUAGCUGUAGAACUAACUGAUAAUCCAAAUGGCUGUUACAGUGAAUUUUGUAUGAGAAUGUAUAAGAAUGUUAAGUUAUAGAUUAAUAAUGGAUUAGGAUUGAUAUACUUAAUGGUUACUAGUAAAUACGUUUUAUCAAAAACUUAAUGAUAAUAAAUUGUGAAUUCAAUGUAAUAACUAGUUUCAGCCUUAUGAAUUGUAAAAAUGACAAUAAACGUUUGAAUAAGGUCAUAAUAUCGACUUGUUACCUACAAUGUUGAUGUUUCGUAAAGUAUUAAUUUUUAAAUAUUGAUAACAUGAUUAUAUACAUAAAUUUUUGACUUUUUUAAAAUUAUAAUAUCACUUUUAUCAUAUCAAUUGGUAUGACAUAAUGUACCACUUUAGCUAUAAUUUGUAAUGUGAAACAUUGUAAUAGGAAUGUAGUAUGGGUAUUGUGAUUUGGUCAUUAUUGAUAUUUUGUAACAUCAUUUCAUAUACUAUACCUACGUUUUUUUAUUCAUAAUAUUAUAAAUUAUAAGAUUCAUAAGUAUAAUACAAUAACUUAAACAUGACAAUACAUACUGUAAACAAUACAAUAAAUAGUUUGUAGUAAAUAAUAAGACACAUAGAGACCAAAAAAUAUAGAACAAAAUGUUUCGCUGUAUAAAAUGUGUAAAUUGAAUGUAUAUUUUAUCAUAUUUAAACGUUAUUGAAUAUUUCAAAAUAAAUCGUCAUUGAACUAAAAUCGUAGCUUUUAAACGUAAUCAGAGAAGGAUUAAGUCCUAAAUUUUGAGUAACAACGAAGUUUUAUACGCAACUUAGUGAUUGGCGAUCGUUGCACACGAGCGGCGGGAAAGUAGACUUUUCAUUUCUAUUUUAACAGAGAAUAUUGGUGAAGCCAGCCACCGCGUUGCAUUUCAAAAAUAGAACAAAAAUACAGUUCGACUCGCUGGCGUGGAAAAGUGGGGUUUCAAUCGAAUUGUAGAGUUAAGCCAUAGACAAAGUUCGGUAAACGAAUUCCGAAUGUGCUGUAAUGAUUGCCAAGCCUGGCCAGUCGGGAAUCGGAAGUCAAAAGAAAAAAAAAGCAAUGCACUAGCUAGAGUUACUGCUUGUUAUAGAAAACUAAAACUUUAGUCGUAAAAUAUAAAAUAUUUGAAUUAAUCGUAACAAUAAAUUUAUGUCUUCCGAAUAGGGUGUUGGUAUUAUUGUAUUUGGCACAAUCAAAUAUGCGUUUAAAUUAAUUUAGUGGUCGAUGGGGUUCCUUUUGGACUUCACAGAAACGUAGUUUGUAAGCGACAUGGAUGAAUUUAUUGUAGAAAUAUUAGUGUUGAAUGAAUAUUGUAUGAGUUUUGAUAAAAGAUGUUUGGAGAAUGGAUAAUGGAGAGGAACUGGUCAUUAUUUUUUAAAUUUCCCUAUUAAUAAUUAAUCUUAAACUUGAACUGUUACCGAAUUGGUUAUUUUAAUUAAGUUUAUGUACUAUUUAAUUUAUUUUAUAAGUAGAUACUUCGUUUAAUUUCAGCUCCAUAUUUAUGUUAAUUUAUAAACGAAUUGCUAUGUACUUAGAACUAUAAAAAGUAGUCACAAUACGAUUAAAUGUUGACAAUAAAAAUGACAAUCAAUGUAUGUAAUAACGUAUUUGUUAAUAGUAAUCAAAACAUCUGCUUCAUGAUAAAUCUGUAUUGACAGGAAUAUAUUUAUCAAUGUUUACAUUAAGAUGUUGAUAUCAUUUUAUGAAAUUUAAAAUAAA